GGUCAGUCUGAAGAAGAAUUUCCUUCAUCUUUCUCCUUCAACGGUACGGAAACACAAUCACUACCUCUAUUGUCCACUCACUCGUUUAAUCCCGAAAACGACGCCGUUUGGUGAAUUCGAAACAGAGUACGAAUAAUCCUCUUGGGGCGGUGUCAUAUCGUCGGAAUCCACCGUCACCACCACCACGCGCCCACUCCAAUUUGCUUCUCCUUAUAAUAAGCUUGACCUGUGAAAUAUGGUGGAACAAACCGCAGAAAAAUCUCGUCGAGAACGAAGAAAAGAAUCCCGUUUGGCCAAAAAUGCAUCCAAAUACCAAUCCUGGCUUCACCACCAGAAAUCUGAAUCUAUAAAAAGAAAUAAGAAUGAUAGUUCAGAGUUAAAAUCUGAGACCAAAUUGGACCAAUCAGUUAGUCCUACUCUCAAUGAAAAAAAAGUUGUGAAAUUGAAAUCUUUGUCUCGGAAACAAGCAACAGCUGAAGAAUGCUCCUCGUCAGAAGAGGAAGUUUAUGUCCCCGUUGCAAGGAAAGUGAAAAAGGUUUCUCAAAAAAGUUCCAAGAAGAAGAGGGUUGAGAUGGGUGUGUCGGAUGUUUCAAUGGCUGCACAACAGGAUUUAGAAUUGGAAAGAAAACUCUCCAAGAAGCUAAAGGUGAAAGAAGGAAAGUUGAGGGGAGUUGAUGAUGGGAUGAAUUUGUUACUCGAAGGUAUGCUGCCUGGUGAUGAUUUAUUUGGAGAUAUGGAGGUUGAUGAGUUACCGAAAAGGAAGUCGAAAAAGAGCUCAUCGAGUAAAAAGCACAAGUUGUCAAAGGAAGGGAUGGAAGCAGGGUCAUUAUAUGGUGUAUCGGAACAUGCGGAAGUUCUUAAUAAAGAUGAAGCAUUAGAAGAAGUUCCCAAUAGUGGAGCAUCCAAGAAGAAGAAUAGGAAAAGAAAAUUGCCAAGUCAAGAGCAGGAAGAUGAUAUGGAGGAUGGUUCUGUUUCUGUAGUCGAACCUGCGGAAUCCUGUGGAAGGGAUGUGAAAUUGGGGGUUGUUGCUGCUGAAGUUUCAGAGAAGAAAGAGAAAGGAAAAUAUAUAGCGCCUCACUUGAGAGCUCGUGCUGGCAAUGAACCUGAGGAGCAUACUCAAAUUCGAAGACGUGUACGAGGUCUUCUUAACAGGAUUUCCGAAGCAAAUGUUGAGUCGGUUACUGGAGAAUUGUCCUUGCUCUUUCAGUCUGUUGCUCGUGGUGUUGCUUCACAGAUUAUGAUUGAGGAGACUUUAGCGUCAUGUUCUGGAGGCCCCCGUGGCAAUCAACAAUAUGCUGCCGUCUUUGCGGCAUAUGUUGCAGGGAUGGCCUGUUUGGUUGGUAUUGAUUUCGGUGCGAAGUUUAUGGCUUCCUUUGCUAAAUGCUUUGAGGAUGAGUACCAUAAAAAAGACAAUCUCUCCUUGCGGAAUAUUGCUCUUCUCUUAUCCUAUUUAUGCAUAUUUGGAGUCUGUUCUAGUGAUUUAAUAUAUGACUUUCUAGUCAUGCUGAGCAAGCGUUUAACUGAGGUGGAUGUCUCUAUUAUUUUGACAGUGUUACAAUGUUGUGGGAUGAAAAUAAGGGUUGAUGAUCCAGCUACCAUGAAAACUUUCAUUCUUAAUGUUCAGGAUACCUCAAAUAAGUUGAAGGCUUCCUCUGGAGAUGACCCUGAAAAGAAUAACAGUAAAAGAAUGGAUUUCAUGCUUGAAACCAUAUAUGACAUCAAGAACAACAAGAAGAAGACAGAAGAGGUUCACCCUAGAAUUAAAAAGUGGCUACAGAAGUUAAGAGUUGAGGAUAUUUCGCUUAGAGGGCUUACAUGGAGUAAAUUACUUGAUCCUGACAAGAAGGGCCAAUGGUGGUUGUCUGGAGAUGUGGUAUCUGCAACAGAUAAUAUUGAAGAAGUUGCUAACAAAAUAGACAAAGAUGUUGCUGAAACUCAACGAAUGCUGCAGCUUGCUGCUGCUCAAAGGAUGAACACAGAUUCCAGAAGGGCAAUCUUUUGUAUUAUAAUGUCUGGGGAGGACUAUAUUGAUGCAUUUGAAAAGCUUCUGAGAUUGGAAUUACCUGGCAAGCAGGACAGAGAUAUAAUGCGGGUUCUUGUUGAGUGUUGCUUGCAAGAGAAUGUUUUUAACAAGUACUAUACAGUUCUGGCUACCAAGUUGUGCGAGCAUGACAAAAAUCACAAGUUCACUCUACAGUUUUGUCUAUGGGACCACUUUAAGGAGCUGGAGACUAUGCCUCUUUUGAGGUCAAUGCACCUGGCAAAGUUUGUAGCUGAAAUGGCUGCCUCUUUCACUCUCUCCCUAGCAGCUUUGAAGACUCUGGAUCUGAGUGAUCUCAGCAUGCUAACUCCAAGAAGGAUUAUGCAUUUCCGGAUUCUGUUUGAGGCCAUUUUCGAAUACCCUGAUACCUUAGUGUGGAAGAUAUUCACACGUAUAGCGGGGAUCCCUGAACUUGAAAGUUUUAGACAUGGCAUUGAGUUUUUCAUUAAGGAGUACAUGGUGAAAACAAAUAAAGCUGUAUCUCAAAAAUUUAAGUUGGUAAAAAAAUCCCUUGAUAAUUUAGAAGGAGUCCUGAUGCAAGAGUAGGUUUUGGAGAAUACCCAAUUUUGUAGCAUCUUGUAUCAAUUUUUUAAUUAUUUAUAUCAUUCUUCUGGAUAUCCUUGUGAGUUAUUAGCAUUAGGAAUUUGGUACAAUUACUUUGGUGAAGGUCUUGGUAACAAUUUUGUAGUAGGAUAAAUUGCAUUCUUCUCAUGUCUCAGAUAUGCUUAAAUGGCAUGUACACCUUUUUUAAUUAUGUGAAA